AGGAAAUAACGAUUACUUGGUGGCCAGAGACCAGAAGAGAGAGAGAGAGAGAGAGAGAUUGGGAUAUAGGCAUGAGAAUGGAUGAAUCCUUCAAGAGGCCAGGAUCCAUUCCAUUCAAGUGGGAGAUCCAACCAGGCAUUCCCAAGCCUCACAGCCAUUCCAACCCUUCCUCCCCACUAGAAACCAAGCUCAGCCCCCCUCCUUCAAGGACACCUCCAUCCCCAUCCCCCAGUAUCUUCACCUCGCCAUUGCGACCAAAGCUCAGCCCCCUUCCUUACAGCACCCCUCCAUCCCCUUUCCAAUCCCCCACCACCCCUCGCUCUUCUUCAGCUUCGCCAUCCAAGCGACGUGGUCACCACAUUCUCCAGUCUAAGAUUCAUGCUUUCUCUCAUGAGGUUGCUGUUGUUUCGCAAGGCUGCUUUCCAGUUCCACCAAUCCGACGCAAGGAUGACAAGAGAAGCAUCGGCGGUGGAGGCAUCGAGAUGAUCUUCCCUUCUCGGCAUCGUUCCAUGCCGACUCGGAGCUCACCUUCCUUCUCGUCGCCGUUCAGAAAGUCCUCAUGGGCAAGGGAUGAGGUGGAGGUGGCCGCUCGCUGGCUCUUUUAGACUACUUUUAAUGGAUUACAGCGUAUCUUUGUAUAAAAGGAUUGGAACGGCUAUCAUCAGCUAGCAUAGCAGCAAUAAUGUCUGGUUGUAUACCUAGUCAACAGCUAUAUAGGUAUUGUGCUAAGAUUUUCAACAGAAUGAACUGAAGUCUUAUGUUAAGCUU